AUGAACCCCUCGGAGCUGAACGCACUCGAAGCUGUCAAAUCGAUCGGGAGAGCGCUCAAAAACGACGACAAGAAAGAUGUUAAGACGAGGUUGAGGGCGUUAGAUGAUAAGAUCAGGGGCAUCCCCAACCAGGCGGGAACGCAGGGCCAGAAAAGAACAGGCUCACUCAACAACAUCACCUUCGAGGAAGCGACCGAAUCCUUGAACAACUUCCCCGGAAGCGUGACCUUGGGGAUUUUCACUCUCGAACGCAUAGUCGAAGGCUACAUGAUCGAUAAUGGGCACGACCUCCUAGCGCUGAGGAAACAGAAUCACGAAACAAAACUUGGUAUCGAUGAGGCCGCUGCUAAGGUCCCGAAAGAACUUCUGGACUAUCCUUUCGAGGAUCUUGUACUCAGCCUUCGAGCUCCAGCGACAGAUCCAGAGAAUGCCAAAAAGGAUAAACUGAAAGUGGCGAAGUGGAAGGCAGAUAUGACCAUGAAGACGAUGAAAGGGUACUGGGACAUAGUGGGUUUCAAUGAACCAGGAACAGUGUAG